UGGCUGGGCUGUUCAAAAACGGGUCACCUGUAACGAUGUGACAAUUAAGGCCAUUCAACAGGGCGGCAUCACGUGACAGAUCUUGAUUUGCUACAGGUGUUCAUCUUUCCUGGAGCGUCGGCCAUGUAGAUUCUGUUUGCAUACAGUUGAUCGUUGUCAAAACUAUUUGUAACGUUUGAAAAAUAAGGAUUUUUCAAAUAGCCAUGGGUCACUGAUGGAAAUGCGCCAUGAUGUCCGGCAUAAACAACCUUUCCAUUCCGUCAACAGACGUGGACUUGAAUGUCACGGAUCUACAGAGGACUCUGGAGGCUCACCGCACCAUUAAAAUCGGGAUUAUAUCGGUUUUGGGAGUGAUGAUAACGUUGGGAAACAUAGCUGUGGUGAUGGUCAUAGCUUCAGCGGUAUCGGGAUGGUCGAGAAACUCUCGGUACUUUCUUUUAUCGUUAACGGGAGCGGACUCGGCGUUCGGGCUGCUUAUCAUGCCGCUCAAUUUGUGCGUGAGUUUCAUGAAAGAAUAUAACGGGGGCCCGGACCCCUUCUGUCACGUCGUGGCAUUUUUCAACGCGACUGUUUAUUCCACUUGCAUGUACACCCUUGCAACCAUAAGCCUGGAACGAUACAUAGCAGUGUUUUACCCUCUGAAGUACUCCACCGUGCUGACCAGGAGAAGAGCGCUGCUUCUGAUCGCGUUCGCGUGGGGUUUCCCUCCCGUUCUCCUCAUUCCCAUCUCGUUCCCGGCGGGCAUCAUUGAAGUGCAGUUCUCCAGAGCCUCGCUCGUGUGCAACCCGCUGUACUCCAGCAAUGUCUCUUACUCUCUGUCUCUGACGUGCUUCAUCUUCUUUCCGUGCUCGGCCAUCAUGACCUUCUGUAACCUCCGACUGUGGAUAGCCGCGAAGAGACAGAGGCUAAAGCUGAGAAGGCACAGCUGGGGUGGAGGAUACAGGCCUAAAGUCGCCUUGCGCGUUUUAGUGCCAGUCAUGACCGUUUACUACACCUGCUGGACGCCCUGCAUGGUCAUCAUGCUGUACAAUGCGAUUUCCGGCAGUGGUGUCCCCGAAUGGAUCGAGUUUAUUGCUGUGUGGUUACCAACCUCCAAUGGCUUCCUCAAUUGUAUCUUCUACUUCUGGAUCAACCAUAGCUUUAGAAGGAAAUUCCAUUUGGUUCUUCAGAGACUAUGUCUAGGACUUUGUCCAGGUUCUGACAGUGAUUCAAGCUGCGUCAACUCGGUGGAAUCUUCUGUGGUUCCCGGAUGGAACGGUAACAGCUCGCUCCAUGAGCGGUUUCCUAGCGUGUCGUCCACCUGCACUCUGCUGACGCUCAUGCCACCUCAGACCAGCGUGCGUCAACCAGAGCCGGCUUGAGAAUCCUUUUAGUCUUGUGAUCUGAUGAAGUUUUAAAGCUCUGGUGAAGUUGAGUCAUCAUGAGUGCUACUGACAUGUCAUUAACCUGCUCGGACGGAGGUUAUUCCACUAAAUGUCUUGUUAAUCGCAAGUUAGCAUUCAGAAACACUCCUAUUGCCUUCAUGCUCUUUUAGUUCAAUGGCUAUUUGUGCCUUUUGCUUCUUGAUGGCAUCUUCUCAUAUUCAUUCAGACCUGGUUUCUUGGCCUAAUUGAAGUCUGAAAUGGUUUUGCGUUGUUGAUUGCCAUUUCAGGUUAAACACACAAGAGCCUUUGCACACAUUUCCUUAUCUAUUCAUAAACCCAAUAUCAAGCAGCUGUGGAAGUUUAACCUUUAAAUCUCAGCUAUGCAGUUUAUGCAGAAGGGGAAUUAAUUAGCCAGGUACAUCAUGUAAAGGUCAGAUCAAAUAUGCCUUUUGGCUUUAACCUUUUGUUUCAUGACAUUUCCAUUGAGUCUCUAAAGCAAACAUUAAUUUUUAUGUUCAGCUAAGUAGGCUUUUUGGUCACUGUCAGAUGUAGAGGAACAUUGUAAAAGUAAAUAAAGCAUAUGGGAGGGCUACGACGGACUGGAGCAGAUUGAAGUUGUCGCGCUCCGAGGGUGAAGCUUUGUGCAUCUUUUUGGCUGUGUUGUAAUAGCAUAACUGUAAAUCUGAAAUUUUAAGCUUUAAGUUUUAGUUUAAGCACUUGUUACAGAAUAAUACAUUUCAGUUGGGUGAAAAAACAUGUCCAGUGGUGGAGGGUGCAUAUAAAGCAAGCACAUAAAGAGCUGUUAAUGACCUGGGAGUGUUAUACAGCCGUACAUUAUGAUUGAUUACCAAACGUUUUUGAUGUGUAAAUAAUUUAAUUUUUAUAUAUGGUUUAUAAAAGUGUUUGUAUGAAAUGUUAAAACUUCAAUUUGUUGUAAAAAAUAAAGCGUCAAAGCCUAUUUACUAUUUAAAGCA